CGAAAUUGUGCGUUUUUAUCACCAUCUCGACAAGUCAAUUCAACGGCCAUUCUCGACACCUCACACAACCGUCACAAUGCCUCCCAAGAAGAAGGUCGAACGCGCUGCCACCGAGAACAUCUCGCUUGGUCCUCAGGUCCGAGAGGGUGAACUCGUCUUUGGCGUCGCCCGCAUCUUCGCGUCCUUCAACGAUACCUUCGUCCAUGUUACCGAUCUUUCUGGCCGCGAAACCAUCACUCGUGUGACUGGAGGCAUGAAGGUCAAGGCCGAUCGUGACGAGUCCUCUCCCUACGCCGCCAUGUUGGCAGCCCAAGACGUUGCUCAACGAUGCAAGGAACUGGGCAUCACCGCCCUGCACAUCAAGAUCCGAGCCACCGGUGGAAACGGCACCAAGACCCCCGGUCCCGGUGCUCAAUCUGCUCUCCGUGCUUUGGCUCGUUCUGGCAUGAAGAUUGGAAGAAUCGAAGACGUCACCCCCACUCCCUCCGACAGCACAAGACGUAAGGGUGGUCGCCGUGGUCGUCGUUUGUGAGCAAUGGUGUCCGCACCAUUGUGUUGGUGGAAAUUGCUACUUGUUUGGACCUCUUUCGUUGUGCAUCUUUAAAAGUGCAGCUGGAGAAAUUCCUCUGACGGGGAUGAGGGUUCGGACAAAACGCACACAAAAUGCGAGUAGCUACAAAUUACGCGAAGAACGGCAUUUUUUUGCCUGGUCUUCAUUCCAUAUGACGAAAACCCUCUCAAGCGUUGAUUUCAAUGUACCCUGUCAAUAAUCGGACUCGGACAGAAAUUACGCUGGUGAUGGAACUCAAUGCCAAAACAUUACUGAAUCA